AUGGCCGAAUCAGAAGCAGACAAGAUUCGCAACAAGCGUCUUGCCAAACUUGGUGGCGGCUCAGGCCCAUCUUCACCAGCACCAUCGUCCCCAAGCAUCGAGACACCACCAGCCUCAUCUUCGUCCACCUCACAAGAUAAACCGGCAGAAGCAGCAGGCAACCCUUUCUCACAGCUCGGCAUCAAAAGCGAGACAAAGACGCCUGUCAAGAUCAACAUCACACCUUCCGCUGCCCAAAAGCGCCCCAACGACGACUCGCCUCAGCCACGGUCACGCCCGCAAGCCUCGGAAUCGCUCAACACAUGGGAAGAUCGCCAGCUCAGUCAGAUUUUCCGUCUGUCGCUGAAGCCUGACCUCGUUCGAGAUGGUUCUGCACAGCCUUUGUAUUAUCUUGAGAGUGUGCGAGGAGAUCUGCUCGAACAGAAUGAACCCCUUCAGCUCAAGACAAGCCUGCUGGACCAGGCCCUUCCCGAAGCUGCCGGGCUGCUAAAAGACAUCACACCACUGGACUAUUUGCUGGCAUGUUGGAAGCGCAUCUCCAAGGCUUGCCGAGGCAUGAGGAGCACAGACACCGAGAACCCAAGAUUCAGAGUCUUGAUGGAGGCCAGACGACUCUGCAUGAGUUACUGCAUCUUCGCCAUCACCAUGCCCGAGAUGUUCGGUUUCGAGACGCCACCAGAGAACGCAUUAGCAAAACAUCUCCUUGCAGAACCCCACAGUGAUUCUGGUAUUGAUCACGACUUCCUUAACGAGGCUGUUUCACGUUUCGAGGACGACGAGUCGAUCAAGGAUGCUCUAGUUGGUGCCGUGGAACAGCUUAGCAGGCAGCUGGCUACACUGUCCAUGAACGACAUCGAAUACAAGCACUACCUCACCGCUAUCAGAAAUCUUACCCACUACCCAAAGAUUGUAGACGCCAUCACUCAAUCACCCGCCUUCCUGCCCGAAGGCGUUGCGGCGCAGGACAUCGAGAUGGUCACUAUCCUAGGCCCAUUCUUCCGUCUCUCACCUCUGCAGAAUGGCGUUGCACAAAGCUUCUUCACCACACCCAGGUCGAAAGACAGGGCUUACAUCAUCAAUGCUCAACGUUCGCUCCGCAUGACACUCAAUACCCAUCAGGAAGAGCUCUUUGACCUUGCUAACAAGAUCGUCAAAUCUGGAAAGGAGCCACGUGAGAAGAUGCUCGAUUGGUUCGCUCACUGUAUGAACACCAACCACAAACGUCGUGCUAUGAGAGUCGACGAGAAGACCACAUCAUCAGAUGGCUUCAUGAUCAACAUCACAAACUGUCUUGAUCGACUCUGUGACCCUUUCAUGGACGCUACAUUCAGCAAGAUUGACCGCAUUGAUGUCAACUACCUGCGAAGAAACCCUAGAGUCGAUAUCUCUGAUGAGACCAAGAUGAACGCGGAUCAGAAGACCUCCGACGCCUUUUAUGAGCAGAAAGUUGACGGCACCAACAAUUUCAUUUCUGAAAUCUUCUUCCUCACAGUAGCUGCUCACCAUUACGGCACCGAGGCGGCAAGUUCCAGGAUGGAAGAAUUGCAGAAGCGCGUCAAACAUAUGGAGAAGGAGCUCGAGAGGAUUGAAGCAGAAAGACACAAAUACACCCACGAUCCUAGAUACGCCACACGCUUCGAACAGCACUUGCAGAAGUACAGAGACGAGGUCGACAGAGUUCACAGCAUCAUCCAUGCAACUACGGGUGUGUUGCUUGACGAGGUUUCUCAAGCAAGAUCCAUGCAGUUCAUGCGGUAUGUUAUUGUCUGGAUUCUAAGUCUAGCAUCGGGGCAGAACCUGCCCAAGGAGACUCUGCGACUGCCGCUACCUGCAGAGCAGCCUGAAGUGUUCAAAUGCCUUCCUGAGUAUUUCCUUGAAGAUGUUGUAGACAACUUCAAGUUCAUCACUGCANACGUUCCUCACAUCAUCACUUCUACUCAAUGUGAGGAGCUAGCCACGGUUUGUAUCACCUUCUUGCGCAACUCGAACUACAUCAAAAAUCCGUACAUGAAGGCUGGACUGGUCACGAUUCUAUUCCAUGGUGUCUGGCCCUUCGGCAACUUCUCUAAAGGAGUCCUUGGUGACCUUCUCAACGGAUCAGAGUUCUGUCACAAACAUCUCUUGCACGCACUCAUGCAGUUCUACAUCGAGUGCGAAAGUACUGGAACCCACACGGCAUUCUACGAUAAGUUUAACAUACGAUACGAGAUCUUCCAAGUGUUCAAGAGCAUCUGGUCAAAUCCUGUUUAUCGACACAAUCUUGGAAAAGAAGCGGACGUCAACACCGAAUUCUUUGUUCGCUUUGUCAACCUUUUGCUGAACGAUGUGACAUAUGUCUUGGACGAAGUCUUCGGUUCGUUCACUAAGAUCCACGACUUGCAAGAAGAACUGAAAGCCCCUGGUUCGGAGAGUAUGGAGCAGGCGACCAGGCAAGAAAAGGAAGAAGCACUGGCGGAACAACAAGGCCGAGCCAAGUCUUACAUGGGCUUGACCAAGGAAACUGUCGCCAUGCUUAAGUUGUUUACAGAUGCUCUGGCGGGCGCUUUCACUAUGCCGGAGAUCGUACAACGCCUUGCAGACAUGCUGGAUUACAACCUGGACGCGAUGGUUGGGCCACGACGACGUAAUCUCAAGGUGGACCAGCCCGAACAAUACGGGUUCAAGCCUCGAGAGCUGCUGUCGGAUCUAGUGGACGUCUACUUGAACCUGUCACAUCGCGAGAGCUUCCGUCAAGCAAUUGCUCGUGAUGGUCGCUCGUACAAGCCUGCCAACUUCACAGAGGUCAUGCAACUCAUGGAAGGCUUUGGUCUCAAAUCUGCCGAGCAGAUCAAGCAGUUUACUGACUUGACUGAUGCCGUGGCAGUUGUACACGCGCAAGAAGUCAUGGCCGAAGAGGACCUUGGCGAGAUUCCAGAUGAGCUUCUUGACCCCAUCAUGGGUUCAUUGAUGGAGGAUCCUGUCUUGUUGCCCAGCAGUAGACAGAUUGUCGACCGCAGCACCAUCCGCUCGCAUCUACUCUCAGACUCUACCGAUCCUUUCAAUCGUGUACCACUCGCUUUCGAGGAUGUGGUGCCAGCUGAAGACAAGAAGAAAGAGAUUCUGGCAUUUAUUGAGAUGAAGAGAAAGGAAAAGGCUGCUACCAGCGCCGGCGACCCGAUGGACACAAGUACUUGA